CCGAGAGCAGACACAUAAAGCUACGGUUUGAGAAAAAUGGAAGAUCUGGGGUUGAGCCUCAGCUUAAGCUUUCCAGAGAACAGGACAGUUACUCCCGCGCACCUCAAUCUCAUUCGCAAAACCUCUUGGACUCAUUCAUUUCCUUCCUCAGAUCGGAACUCGGAGACAUGCAGAGUGGAGACGAGGACUUUCCUAAAGGGAAUCGACGUGAACCGGUUGCCGGCAACGGCGGAUACCGAGGAAGAAGCCGGCGUAUCUUCUCCGAACAGCACAAUUUCAAGCGUGAGUGGCAAUAAGCGGAACGAAAGAGAAGCCAACUGUGAGGAGCAUGAUAUGGAAAGGGCUUGCUCUCGAGGCAUCAGCGACGAAGAGGACGGAGAAAAUUGUAGAAAAAAGCUCCGUUUAACUAAAGAACAGUCCUCCGUUCUUGAAGAAAACUUCAAAGAGCACAGCACCCUCAAUCCUAAGCAAAAGUUGGCUUUGGCAAAGAGACUGGGAUUGAGGGCCCGGCAAGUGGAAGUGUGGUUCCAGAACAGAAGAGCUAGGACAAAGUUGAAGCAAACUGAAGUAGACUGUGAAUUCUUGAAGAGGUGUGUUGAGAAUCUGACAGAAGAAAACAGGAGAUUACAGAAAGAAGUUCAAGAGCUAAGGGCACUAAAGCUUUCACCUCAAUUCUACAUGCAAAUGACCCCUCCCACCACCCUCACCAUGUGCCCUUCAUGUGAGCGUGUUGCAUCGGGUCCCACAAGUACACCUGGCAAUCUUAGACUGGGUCCACCUCAGCAAUUAAACCUGUGGGCCACCACUCCCAUAUCACAAGGGCAAUCUGGCCAAAUGGACUCUUAUCCUACGCUUGCAAGACAAAAGUGACAAUGACAAACUGUAAUAUGAGUACCAUAAUGUGUAGGGAGGAAUAAUGGUUUUAGGAUAAGGUUGUUGGGCAUGUUGGGGAUUUGGUGGGUCUAGAAAAUCUGUUUGCUUUUAUUGCAGACCUUCCAUUCCCCCCCCCCCCCCCCUCUUGACUAAUUAAUUAGGGUUAGUCAUUUUACUCUAUUUAGUAAUAGUUCUAUCUUCCCGGGACUGGAGAAGAGGACUUUUUUGUUUGUAAAGUAAUGCAAUGAUCCAAAAAAAAAAGUUUGUUUAUUUGUUUCUUGAUUUAA